AUGGCGCCCGGGGCGUUGGACAGCUCGGCGGUGAAUGGGAAUAACGGUGAUAUCGCUCAGUUGGCUCAUGGAUUCGAGAAUUUGUUUUGCAAUAGAUGCAGCGAAGGCUUUGGUGUCAACGAUCAAGUGGUGAACUCGUCCGGUCAAGUCUGGCACAGUGAUUGCUUUGUGUGUGCUCAAUGUUUCCAACCGUUUCCUGAUGGAAUUUAUUUCGAAUUUGAGGGUAGAAAGUAUUGCGAACACGAUUUUCACGUACUUUACGCCCCCUGCUGUGGAAAGUGCAACGAAUUCAUUGUGGGUAGAGUGAUCAAAGCGAUGAAUGCCUCAUGGCAUCCCGAAUGUUUCCGUUGUGAACUUUGCGAUAAAAUGUUGGCUGAUAUCGGAUUUUUAAGAAACGCUGGAAGAGCUUUAUGUCGAGAGUGCAAUGAAAGAGAGAAAGCGGCCGGAGCUGGGCGAUAUGUUUGUCACAAAUGCCACGCAAUGAUUGAAGAUGGACAACACAUCAAGUUCCGUGGCGACACUUAUCAUCCAUAUCAUUUCAAAUGUAAACGCUGCAAUAUUGAACUGACAACGGAUUCACGAGAAGUCGGCGGUGAAUUGUACUGUCUUCGGUGUCACGAUACAAUGGGAAUUCCUAUUUGUGGAGCUUGUCAUCGACCGGUUGAAGAAAGAGUGGUUACAGCACUCGGAAAACAUUGGCAUGUUGAACACUUUGUUUGCUCGGUUUGCGAGAAACCUUUCCUCGGUCAUCGACAUUACGAACGACGGGGCCUUGCCUUUUGUGAAGCACAUUAUCAUAAGCAAUUUGGCAACAUUUGUUUCAAAUGCGGUGAUCCUUGUGGUGGUGAGGUGUUCCAGGCUCUUCAAAAAUGCUGGUGCAUCAAGUGCUUCGGGUGCUCGUUCUGCGACAAGAAAAUGGAUCAAAAGACCAAAUUCUAUGAAUUCGAUAUGAAGCCAGCCUGUAAACGGUGUUACGAUCGUUUCCCAGUUGAGUUGAAGAAACGAAUUUCUGAGUCAUUGAAGGAUCGAGAUGCCGAAGAGUCAAGGCGACGCUCGAUGAGUCCAGGGACUAAAAACGCCGUU